GCACACAGGCCCGUCUGUAAUUCCAGUGUUCGAAGCCCGAAAAUAAAUAAUGGCCCAAAUGGCGAAUUAGACAUUCACACGUCCUAAGCAACGACCGCCGACUAGCAUUGAGCAUCGUCCGUUCACCCUCUCCGCUACUCGAAGGCGCAACUCAGUCGGCUCGUCCCCUUUGUCGGCCGUCGGCGCACAUCACAUCUAUUUUCUAACCACUGGGUGUCUGGGUCUCUAGUAGACUGCUCUGCGCCUUUUCAGAGUUGAGGGCUGGGCCUGGGUGAAAUUGAGGAACUUCUCGAGUCCUCGGCUAUAUCUGGAGACUGGAGAUGUCUUCUUUUAGGAAUGCCAUUCCAAGGAGAGCUCACAAGGAACGUGCCCAGCCAGAAUCGAGGAAGAAAUUCGGCCUGCUCGAGAAGAAAAAAGAUUAUGUUAAGCGUGCAGAUGCUUACCACAAAAAGGAAGAAGCUUUACAGAAACUCAAGGAAAAGGCUGCAUUCCGGAAUCCAGAUGAGUUUUACUUUGGGAUGAUUAAAACCAAAACUGUUAAUGGAGUGCAUCAACCAGCGAGUGAAGCAAAUAAAUAUACUCCGGAAGAACUAAUGCUAAUGAAAACUCAAGACAUGGGUUAUAUUCUGCAGAAACUUCAGACUGAGAAGAAGAAAACAGAAAAGCUUAUUGCAAUGCUACACUCUCUUGAUAAUCAGUCAUCAAAUAAACGUGUCUACUAUGCUGAGGACAGAGAGGAGGCUGAAGCGAUUAAAUCAAGAAUAUCAGAACAUGGUAACAUGCCGACUCCCAAUGAGCUGCCUGACAGUAUUACAAGGAAAAUGGCUUCAUCCUAUAGAGAGCUUGAGAUGAGAAAAGGCAGAGUAAAGACCUUGGAGAAAGUGUAUAUGGAUAUGGCAAUGCAAAAGGAAUUUCAGAAGAAGGGAAGAAAACGCAAACUUCGUGAGGAUGAGAUUGUCACCCCUACCGAGAAACUAGUUUUCAAGUGGAGGCAAGAAAGGAAGCGGUGAAAGGGACCCCUUGCGGCCUUGCCGUUUCAUUUAUCAGCAUCUUGAGUUUGUUUGUGGAAUUCUAUGUUAAUUGUCCGAAAGUGGGUAGUAUCUAUUUUGCAUCUAUGUAUGUGUUUUUGUCCUUAUAAAUACUCAUUUUGUAUACGAAGUAUACUCAUUUUCAAGUGUUCAUUUUUGUGUGCUAAUUGAUCAGCGAUUGCAUGUUCAUUUAUAGCAUAUGAAGAAUGCUCAUUCAACAAUAUACCUUUUUGAGAUGUUAAAAAAGUUCCAUUUCUCUUCAAUGAAUGAUUUGUAUGGUUAAUAA